ACCCAGAAACUUCCCUGCUAUUGGGACAAACAGAGAGUGUAUAAGUGUGGGAGAGAGCGAUUAUAGUUAUGUAAUCUAAAUGUAAUGUUUGCCAUGACAGUCUGUAAUAACUGAUGUCCCUGCAGGAUUAGAGUCUGCAAACUGGGAGACCAUUUUCAGACAAACACUACGUUAUUUUUAAAAAUACCCGGUAUUAAAAAUCCAGUAGGUGUUCUGGACAAAAUGUCAUAUUUACAUAGGGACAUCACGGUCAGACGCUGUGGAAGUGGCUUUAAGAGAGAUAGUGCCGAGCCUGAUUGUGACACUGAGCUUAAACAACUUUUACAGAUUUACCUGUGGCAUCAAAACAAAUAAAACAGGAACAAACGUUCAGGAUAAAUAUGAUUUGUAGCUUCAUUAGCCAUCUACACACGAUACCGUUAUGUAAACACCUUACCUGAACUCUGUAACAAACACACUCCUGCACAGGUGUGGGGUAAGCCCUCCUCGUCACUUGCUCUUUAUUAAUACAGGAUUACAUUUAUUCUCAAUCCCAAACUCACACACACACACACACACACACUCCGCUCUUCACAAAGGUACAGUGCUUGUCUGCCAGGGACCGUCACAGGUAGCAGGCAGUCAGGUAGCUGGAGUUGGAGGAGUUUUGUCCUUCAUGGAGGCCUGCUGUUCAUCUGGCUGCUAACAGAGGCUUCACUCAGUAACAGGUGGAUUUCUGUCAAAAAGAAGCUCUGAGAUCACAGUUUCUUAAAGAUGUUUCCUUGGUCUGCUGUCUUCUCUCUUGAGCCCAAAGUCCCGGGUCAGCGCAGCAGUGAAGAAUUAGUUACCAAUACUCUAAUGUUGGAGUUGGGGGCCAUGGUGAAACGCACUGAACGCAUCCGUCUGGAGAGGGCCACUGAGGGCAGGCGUCGCCGUCGCAGCUCCUCCUCCACAGCGGAUUACAGCUGGCUGGCUAACACCCCAACCCAACAGCCCUAUCAGCUGACACCCAAUGACCUGCUAGAACUGCAGGACCUCUGUUCCAAGAUCCCUCCUGCACAGUGUGGCCCUGUGAUUGUCAGGUUCAGGAGAUUGGUGUCGCAGAUGGAAUCUGAGGUCCACGAGGUGCCUCGGCUGUUUCGUUCAGUUUUACGUGAGUGUGUGGAUGAGGUGAACGGAAACGAUGACCUGCAGAUGCAGGACGACAUUUAUGAAAAGCAGCAACGCAGCAAGAGCCUUUCUUUCAUUACUUUCCGCACCAAGUUCCGCACAGGGCAGUUCUUCAAGGGCAGCGGUAUUCAAGGCUCCAGGGGGAACCUGCAGCAGGAGGUGGAUUGGAUAGAUGAUGAGGAGGAUGGAGAAGGGGAAGAGGAAGCCAUCAAGGCCAGGGCAAGGAGGGGACGGAGUAAGAGUAUGCCAGAGAUCAGUCCUGUGGAGCAGAGUGCCCAGGGGUGAGAGACACAAGGGCAAAGGAGUGAGGGGGACAACACAGAGGGGAUAGAAUAAGGAUGGAGUGAGUGGAAGGAGGGCAGGUAGUAAAACAUCAAUCAAAAUGGGAAAGAACAACAUUUUAAAAAUAAUUAUUUGGAUAUUCUCUUUUUAUGGUGAGAAGAAAACUCUAGAGAGCUGGCUUGGAGUGAUUUCUUGACUCUCUAGAAACCCAUUAUAUAGUUUAUGAACCGAGUCGUUAGUCAGCCAUGCUAGCACCAUUGUUUUGGUUUAAGAUGCAUUGAAACCCAUUCGAUGUGCUGAUGAGUUAUCAGACAAGUCAUAAAAAUAGAAGCUCUUGGAGGCAUGAAUAUCUGAACACUUGAUGAUUCCAUCUAGUAGGUUUUCAAACCUUUUGUUCUGAAGGAAAGUGGUGGACCACCAAACCAACCAACCAGCUUCACUCUCCAUUCAGCUGGUCUGCUUGCUAAAAUACUCUACAAGGACUUUCUGUAGAACAGUUCCUGAUGACAUCUUAUAAAUUGUCCCUUUAAAAGGCACGUUGUAUGACAGACGAGACAACUGUGCUUUGCAUAAGAUGGGGAGGUUAAGCUAAAUCUGUGUAUAUAAAAGCUUAGACUUCAGAUCAUAUAGCUUUAAUCUACCCAAUAAGUAAAUCACAUGAACUCCUAUUUUCUACAGGGAAAAUGAUGAGCAGAGAGGAACAUGUAAAAUCUUCCAUUUGUUGGCACAAAGUUGUCUUUGUUUUGAUUGUAUUAGUAUUAAGUUGUGGUUGUGAACCAGCUGAGAUGUAAUGUAUGCUUGUAUUGUGGCCAACUGAUGUCUGUUAAGUGUAUAUUUCUCAAGCAUAAUGUCCGGUGAAGCUUUUCUACAAAAAUUGAUCUUUAUCAGUUAAUUUGGCUUAAAUCUGAAAUAAAUGAAUAUCAUCUUU